CCGUUCCAAACGCGUGAAUUCCGGCUCGGCGACUUUGACAUCGGUCGACCACUCGGAAAAGGCAAGCUUAGCAGUGUUUAUUUGGCUCGCGUCAAGACAGUGAACUUUAUUGUGGCGCUGAAAGUUUUCUUCAAGUCGCAACUCGUCCGAAUUCACAUGGAGCAGCAGCUACGCCGCGAAAUCGAAAACCACGCGCACCUGAGAUAUCCGAACAUCCUCCGAAUGUACAACUAUUUCUACGACGAGAAAUGCGUCUGCCUAAUUUUGGGAUACGCAGCUGCUGGUGAGCUCUACAAGGAACUGCAGGGGCGGGCCCAUUUCGAUGAUGAACAAGCCGACAAGCUCAUUUACCAAAUGGCCGAUGCGCUAAAGUACUGUCACGAGAAGAAGGUUAUUCAUCGCGAUCUGAAACCCGAAAAUUUGCUGUUGGGCUACUGGGGGGAGCUGAAAAUCGCCGAUUUCGGAUGA